UCCUCCCUCAAAUUGCCACCUCUCUCUCGUACUCCCUCUCUCCGCGUUUCCCUCCCUCUCAGACAGAAUUCCUCUGUACCUGUCUGGACAGGGAGAGUCGGAGCGCCACAGGGCAAAGGAAAGAAAGGGAUCGGAGAAAGGAGGAGGGAAGGCAGGGGAAAGGAAAAGAAAAGGGAAUCCAGAGAGAGAGAGAGAGAGAGUAAGAGGAACAACGGGGUCCGAUUUAAAGAGCACAAACAGGAAAGAGGUGCAUCAGAGACAUUUGAGGAACAGAGAGAAAGUGACAGACGAGUUUAUAAGCUUGUAUAGUCUUUGCUGCAUCCUGUUUCCUGCUGGGUUUAUUUUUUUGACUUUCUGAGACCCGUGGCUAUUUUGGUCCGUCAGUGUCGGAGCGGUUUGGGAUGGAUGCCAUCAUGCUGCAGGAAAAACUGGUGGAACGGCUGCUGUGCCCACGAGUGAGAACAGCCAGACAGAAGGAGAAACAGUAUGUGGGUUUUGCAACUUUGCCCAAUCAAGUCCACAGGAAGUCGGUGAAGAAAGGCUUCGACUUCACACUGAUGGUGGCAGGAGAGUCUGGAAUGGGUAAAUCCACCCUGGUCAACAGCCUGUUCCUCACAGACCUCUACAAAGACAGGAAGUUACUGAACGCUGAGGAGCGAAUCAACCAAACAGUGGAGAUCAUCAAGCACACGGUCGACAUCGAGGAGAAAGGAGUCAAGCUCAAGCUGACCAUCGUAGACACGCCGGGGUUCGGAGACGCCGUCAACAACAACGAGUGCUGGAAGCCGAUCACAGACUACAUAGAUCAGCAGUUUGAGCAAUACUUCAGGGAUGAGAGUGGACUGAACAGAAAGAACAUCCAGGACAACAGGGUCCACUGCUGCCUCUACUUCAUCCCUCCAUUUGGGCACGGGCUGCGUCCGGUCGAUGUUGAGUUCAUGAAGGCGCUGCAUGAAAAAGUCAACAUAAUUCCACUCAUUGCAAAAGCUGACUGCCUCACGCCCAACGAGAUAAAGAAGCUCAAAGACAGAAUACGAGAGGAAAUAGACAAGUUCGGGAUCAAAGUGUACCAGUUCCCUGAAUGUGACUCCGACGAGGAUGAAGAGUUUAAACAACUUGACAAAGAGCUGAAGGAGUGCACCCCCUUCGCUGUGAUCGGCAGCAACACGGUGGUGGAGGCUCGGGGGCAGAGGGUCAGAGGACGACUGUACCCCUGGGGCAUCGUAGAAGUGGAGAACCAGUCGCACUGUGACUUUGUGAAACUGAGGAACAUGCUGAUUCGCUCGCACAUGCACGACCUGAAAGACGUGACCUGUGACGUCCACUAUGAAAACUACAGAGCACAGUGCAUACAGGAGAUGACCAGUAAACUGGCUCAGGACAACCGAAUGGAGAGUCCCAUCCCCAUCCUGCCUCUGUCCACUCCAGAUGUGGAAACUGAGAAACUCAUCAAAAUGAAAGACGAGGAGCUGAAGAGGAUGCAGGAGAUGCUGAACAAGAUGCAGCAGCAGAUGCACGACAAAGACCAGUGACAUCUCCCAGAGCAGAGCUGUGCUGUAGCGCCACCUGCUGUUUCCCCCUGAACGACAGUGAGAGACACCUCCAGACAAGGGAGCGAUGGACGUCAAGUGUCAGUGGCAACUCUGGUUGUACAUUUAUCUUCAGUUUGGUGCUUUGUAUAGUUUGUUUGCCCGGAGACUUGUUUCAUCAGAGUUGUAUUUUUUAUUUUUUUUUGUCUUCUCUGAAAGUAUUUGUUUGAGACCUCCCUCCGCCCUCCACCUUCUGUGGUUAAACAGUCUUAACAUAUAUAAUAUUAAUGUGUAAUUUAAAUUACUAGUCAGUGUAUCUAAUUUAUAAAUGCAAUGCUAGACCUUUUUCAAUAUUCUGUCAGGGUAUGAACAUGUGUGACAUAAGAUGUUUUGUAAAGAAAUUUAGGUUGUUGGUCUUGAACCUGGAUAUUGUUUUUUAUUAUGUGUUUGUGUGUGUGUGUGUGUGUGUGUGUGUGUGUGUGUGUGUUUGCGUGAGCGAGUGUGUGUAUUUCAUGAAAUUUCCUUAGACAACACCAGGUAUCCAUCCAUAAAUCUCCCAUUUGUUUGACAGCUGAGGUACAACAGUGACUUUACUUUUUAUUAAGAUGUUUAUUUCCUCUCUGAUCCUCAUUAAUAUCUUCAUGUAACCUUUUUUUUUUUCUAACAUAUGGCAAGUCAAAAAAAUCCUCCUCCAGCAUUUUUUUUACGUGUGCUGGUGGAGCUGAAAAUGCACUUAUUGCCAGUGGCUAACUGUGAAUGGAGAGCCUUUGACGUAAUGAGAGGGUUGGUACAUGUGCGAGCAUGCUGCCGUUACUCGUAUCCGCUGAAUGCUGUGGACCUAUUUUUACUGCUUUAUAGCCAAUGCCCCUGUGCUUGUAUUAAAAUGCAUCAUGACCCACAGUUUGCUACUGUGCUACGAUGAGGUGUUGAAAAUAACGACGAGCAAAUGCUGUGUUUACGCUUCUGUUUUAAUAAUUCUGCCCUCGUCAGUGAAGGUGUGUAUCCUAUGAUUGCUUGAGUGUGUGUGUGUGUGUGUGUGUGUGUGUGUGUGUGUGUGUGUGUGUGUGUGUGUGUGUGUGUGUGUGUGCGACCGUGUGUGUGUGUUGACUCUGCUGAUGCUGAGACACAGAACAUAUUUUGCCUGAAGGCUCUGAGCUCAGCCUGUGCCCCUCUUAUAUAAAGGUGUGACAAAUAAACCCUUGUUUCUCGUCA